ACAAGGACCUAAAGUUAAACGAAUGGCCACAGCCAGCGACUGCUGCUGCCAGAGACAAGAUGCGGAGUUUGGAGCUUUUUCAUCCAGCAGAUCGAGCAGUGUAAGCUUUCCUGGGGAAUCGCUGUUAGUUGAGGGAGAGCUGUCUGAGGCAGUCUCGUGCUGCUGUGCUUCUCCUUCUGCAGCCAGUUUAAAAAAAACGAAGAACCGAACGAAUGAGUCCCACCCACUCCAGGUUUGCUUUCUCAAAGCCAUAUUCCUUUAAGAUGAUGUAAUAGCAAUUUCCCUGGAUGGUUUCUUCCCUGCACCGCUGAAACAACAGCAUCUGAACUGCACUGGGAACUGUGGAACCACCCAGCUCAGCAACCAGAGCUGCAGCUUAGGUAGUGAAAGCACCAGGAGCAGCUUCCCUGGGCAGCCUUUCAAACCUGCUGCAGGUUUGCACUCUCAGCCUAGCUGAGGACAUGAGAGGCUCUCUGUGGAGAGUGAUGGAGAAAGGGACCGCUCUGGGAUGGUACCCCUGAAAGAUGCCUGGGGUGUUCUCAGCAUCUGGGCUUUCUGCAAGUCAUCAAAACCAAAUUCUCUCCCCUCCUAAAGGAUCCUGACUUUGGGAUUUAUGUUGUUUUGCCUGUUCUGCCUCGUCUCUUGCUACACGGCUCUAUUUCUCUUCAGUGCCUAUUCCUGGUUAACUUUUGCAUGUGUGGGUUUAAGUCUUAACUUCUGCCUGGAUCUUGCCAAAUGGACUCAGCUUAUCUUCCCUGAGCCUUUUCCCGUUUGGAUUUGCUGCUUCUCUAGUUCCAACCUACCACAACCACGAUGUUGCUUCUGGAGCUGCUUAGAAAAUGUUGUUGCUUCCUCUCAGAAGAACUGCAUGCAGCAGCGUAACCAAGGCUUGUGAAUAACAGGGAUCGUGGGUUGAUCAUACUGUUUUGGGCUUUAGUGGAAGAUUAUUUGAUUGCAUCUUGUGACCUGAGCUUUCUUCAUCCACCAGUUUUUAUGACCAUCCUUUCUAGAAAAACUGAAAACAAAAACCAAUUCCACAUCUUCCUUUCCAUUUUUCCCUCCCUACCAUCCCACAGUUACCAGGCUCCUUAAAUGUUAGGAGAUCCUUGGGGGAACGGAUCUCGGCGCCUUGUUGAAACCUUGGGUGUCAGUGGGAGCUCUGCCAUAACUUUUGGUUGGUUGGUUUGAAAGUACCAUGGCCUUGAGUGGAAACUGCAGAACUUACCUCCCUCCUAGAGAACAAGCAACUGCUGCACAUCCCUUCCCAGAGGUGAUAGAACUGAAUGUGGGGGGCCAGGUUUACUUCACUCGCCUCUCCACGUUAACAGGCCUUCCUCACUCCCUGCUUUGGAAAAUGUUCACCUCCAAAAAAGAGACAGCCAAUGACCUGGCCAAAGAUUCCAAAGGAAGGAUUUUCAUUGAUCGAGAUGGCUUCCUAUUCCGUUACAUUCUGGACUAUCUCAGGGACAAGCAGGUGGUCCUGCCCGACCAUUUUCCAGAGCGAGGAAGGCUCAAGAGGGAAGCCGAGUACUUUCAGCUUCCAGAUUUGGUCAAACUCCUGACGCCAGAUGAGAUCAAGCAAAGCCCUGAUGAUUAUUGCCAUAGUGACUAUGAGGAGGUUUCCCAAAGCAGUGACACAAGAAUAUGCGCCCCUUCAUCUCUCAUGACCUCGGAUAGGAAGUGGGGCUUCAUUACCAUUGGCUACAGAGGUUCAUGCCCCAUGGGCAGAGAGACCCAAGCAGAUGCCAAAUUCAGAAGAGUCCCGAGGAUUUUGGUUUGUGGCAGGAUUGCUCUAGUCAAAGAAGUUUUUGGAGAAAGUUUGAAUGAAAGCAGAGACCCAGACCGAGCUCCUGAUAGAUACACUUCUAGGUUCUACCUGAAGUUCAGGCACCUGGAACGGGCUUUUGAUAUGUUGUCAGAAUGUGGAUUCCACAUGGUAGCCUGCAAUUCCUCUGUGACGGCUUCUUUUGUCAAUCAGUACACUGAUGAUAAAGUGUGGUCCAGCUACACAGAAUAUGUCUUUUAUCGUGAACCAUCACGAUGGUCAUCAUCACACUGUGACUGCUGUUGCAAAAAUGGCAAAGGUGAUAAAGAAGGUGAAAGUGGCACAUCCUGCAAUGAACUCUCCACCUCUAGCUGUGACAGCCAAUCAGAAGCCAGCUCCCCUCAAGAGACUGUCAUCUGUGGCCCAGUCACCCGCCAAUCCAAUAUACAGACUCUGGAUCGACCAAUCAAGAAAGGUCCUGUGCAGCUCCUUCAGCAGUCUGAAAUCCGGAGGAAAAGUGACCUGCUUCGAACUCUAACUUCUGGCUCUAGAGAAUCCAACUCUAGUAAAAAAAAAGCAGCAAAAGAAAAGCUCUCAAUUGAGGAAGAAUUAGAAAAAUGCAUCCAGGAUUUUCUCAAAAUCAAAAUCCCAGACAGGUUUCCAGAACGAAAACAUCCCUGGCAAUCUGAACUUUUACGAAAAUAUCAUCUAUAGGAAUGGGGUUUCGCCAAGGAAAAUCACCUGUGCAUCUUUAGAAAUAGGAUGAGGAAAAAGAAUAAUAAUAACUUAAAUCACACAUAAAGAACCCAUUGCUAUGUCCUGCCUAAUUUGCCUAUUUCACCAAAGCUACUCUACUUCCAUGUAAACAAUGAGAUAGGAGGAAUAACAAUGCAUUUAUUUGUUAGGCUGUUAACAUACAUCAAAUGCUUGCAGUGCCACCUGCACAUUGAAAUCAAAUGCUAAAGAUCAUUUACACUAUGAUUUAUGGCAGCACCAAUCUAUUAGAGAGGUAAAAUAAGGCAGAAUCCUGGCAGGUGGUGAUUUUUUUAAACUGCAUGCAUUCCUGAAAUAUUUUUAAAACAUUAUUUAUCCAUGGCCAGGAUAGGCAAAGGCCAAGAAUUCUGAAAUUAAGAAAUUGUCGUUCCAGUUUACAAUAGGAGAGGCUAUGUAUACUUGUCUGUCUCUCUACCACUGUUUUUACCUUUUAACUGUGCUUUCUCUGAAAAAUAUUGACUACAAUCCUUUGGCGACCAAUUUAUCUUGGUCUCUUCUUCUUCUUGAUGGCUGAAUUGUUCUUUUGGAUAUUUUAAUUU